AUGGCGUCAGAGCGAGAGGAGUGUGAGAGGGAUGUGAUUCGCCGGCUGCUGGACAAGUUCAAGUCGAGUCUGGAGCAGUAUGGGCGUGACAUGAAGCUGCUGGUAGACUGGGUGGAGAACAACAUGGGGAGACUUGAUGAGCGCUUGCCCCAGCCUUUUGCUGGGGAGAUAGCAGGCAUUGCUAACGCUACAGAUAUGUCGCUGGCCGACGCCGUUCUGUACAACAUCUUCUACGAGCUGUCCACGUUCUGCACAUCCAUUGUCGCCGAGGACAGUAAAGGUGAACUCUACCACGCCAGGAACAUGGACUUUGAGUUUGGAGAAGGGUAUGACAUUAAAAACAGGACAUGGUUUCUUUCGGAAAAUCUGCGCCCUCUGUUGGUGAACAUCAAUUACAUGAGGGGAGGUAACCUGGUAUUUAGGGCGGCUCACUAUGCCGGCUAUGUGGGCGUGGUGACGGGGAUGAAGCCGAAAGGCUUCAGUGUGUCGGAGAACUCCCGUACCGGGGACGGUGGAGGGGGGGUCGUUGGGUUCCUGCAGUGGCUGCUGGACAUGAGGAACGGAACCUUCACGGGCUUCCUGACGCGCACCGUCCUCGAGACGGCCGAAACCUACUCAGAGGCGCUAACCAUGCUGCGGAGCUCACCACUGCUGGCUCCGAUCUACUACAUCCUGGGUGGAAGGACGUCAGGGGAGGGCAGUGUAAUCUCGCGCGACAAGGAUGAUGCUAUUGACGUGUGGCCGAUGGCGUCAGCCGGAGGCUGGUACGUCCUGGAGACGAACUACGACCACUGGGUGAAGCCUUUGUUUCUGGACGACCGACGGGGCCCGGCCAACCAGUGCAUGAGGGAGACUACACAGCAGGGGGUAUCUCUUCCUGCACUGUUCAAUGUCCUGUCAACGAAGCCCGUCCUUAAUAAGGGAACCGUCUACACAGCGCUGAUGCACGUGGAGAGCGGCCAUCUUGAAACCUGGAUCCGAGAGUGUGAAGACCCGUGCCCUCCAUUUUGAUGUUGAUAUAGAAAACUAUGGAUUAUAUUUGUUAAUCAAUAACAGACAUAUAUAGUGUUUAGUCAGUAAAGGUUGUUUACGAGGACA